AUGACCAAGGAUGGCAAGAUGUGGUCAAAUUUCUGGGGUGCGAUAGGCAGUGAUGGAUAUUAUGCUCGUUCUCGGGAUUACAUUGCAAUAGUUCAGAACCAGAGAAAGUAUGUGGGAAAUCUAGGUUAUGGUUGGUUAGCAUGUCAUAUUUGUAAUAAUAUUCAAAGCCCCUGUGAUUAAGUCUCACUAAUACCAUUAGCAGGACUGUUUUUCAAGAAGGUAUUGAACAAGGUGUGGUUUACUCUAACUCAACAGAGGCCUUUAGACUAUAUAAGAGUAACACCUAAAUGAGUUUGUUCUUACAUUUCUUCAUUUAUUUCAUUUUACUCUAUAAGAUGGACAUCUCUAGACUCCAGUUGACUGUAUUUCAAUGUCAUUGCAGGGGUGUAUGGAAUGUGCCGCACAUUUCAGCUACUUAUUUGAUCCAGAAACAAGUCUUGAGUGAGAUGAAAGGAAUUUUUACUGGAGAUAAGUUUGAUCCAGACAUGACAAUGUGCAAGAACUUAAGGGAGAAGGUGAGCAGUGACCUGUCAUUUCUGAAAUAGCCUGUGACCUGGUGGGAUUGUUGUGCCCAGGGUACUUUCUUUAUGGCGGUGUGGCUCUGCAAGGGAGAAAAUCUACAGCACUCGCCCACUGAUCCUGCCAGCUACACUGGCUACUUCUGAUAGUGAACAGAGAUUCAUUUAUUUAGCAAACAUCAUUGUUUAAAUUUUCUUUUUUUUUUUGCAUCAUUAUGUGCUGCAGAUACCUCCUGCAUCAGUUGGUGAAUACGUUCCCAAUUUUUUCUCUUUGGGUUUUUGGGUUUUUCGCAUCAGGCGCCACAUGUUAAUAGUUUAGCCUGAAUGACUUUAUUUAGGAAUAUUUGUAUACCAUUCUUUAGUUAUGAUGUUGAACUUUGUAUGUUAUUUGGACGGCAUUAAACAUUCCAGCUCCACAGUUCGAGCUGCACACCCAUUCCCGUCUCUUAGUGGUGAAUAUAAAUAGGAAUAAAUCUAAGUCUUUCCAUAGAAAUCAUAUGCUGGGCACCCUGGAUUUCCAGGUUCAGAGCACCGCACUAGCCUUCAGUUUUUCUUAGAGCACAGCCUCGUCACUAUUCAUGAUGUAAAAUUUAUUUUACGCUUGAAUAUGACCCUCAUUCUUCUUUUUUAAUUUCGAAUAAGAUUACACUGUGUCACCUAAACAAUCUUUUGGAAUGAAACCAAAUGACAAACUGUUAUCAAACUGCAGGGUAUUUUUAUGUAUGCCACCAAUCUUAAUGAGUUUGGACGUUUGCUGGAGACUGACAACUACAGAACAAAGAUGCUGCACAAUGAUUUGUGGGAGAUUUUUGACAACAAAAAGGUAAGGUCUUUCUCUUAUUAUUAUUUUGUAAAUUGUACAAUAGUUAAAGGCACUGCGCGGCCGGCGGGAACAUGUUGUGGUAUAUUUCUUUUUUUCUUUUUUAGGAUUGGGAGGAAAAGUACAUUCAUGAGAACUACUCGCAGAACUUCAAUCUUAGUGUUCAAUUUGCACAGGUAAAAUAGAAAACUAUCAUACUUUUUUGUUAACAAUAAUGUGUACAUGUACUCAUUUUGUUAUUAGGGAGUUAGAGCAACCACAAUGGCGACUUAAAAAGUGCAUUUCAAUCUUCAUCGCUCUUUUUCCAUCUCAUUCACUUUGUCAAAUGUUGUUGAAGUUUCACUUCGUAGUCGCGCAACGACCUCAAAAAAAAUGUAGAAAAAGCGUGAUGCAUGUACAAAGUUGUUGUUUUACUAUUCUAAACCUUACUUUCUACCGUUGUCAUUGCCAUCUCUGACUCACCGUCGCCGCUGUCGUUACUUAAGCUCGCUAUAAUAUUUGAACCUAAGGGAAUUGUUGGGCGCCACAGUCAAUGUCAGUGAAGAAACUUAAACAGUUGUUUUUGUUAUUGUUGUGGUAUUUUUUCAGCCAUGCCCAGAUGUUUUUUGGUUUCCCAUUGUGACAGAAACUUUUGCCAAGCAUCUUGUUGAGGUAAAAAGAACUUGAGGUAGAAUAGCUUGAACUGAAAUUAAUCUCUUGAACUUACUGUAUAAGCUACGUUUUAAACAAUUCCCUUGAAAAAUCCCCAAUGUCUUCUCUUCAUUAAUUAUUGUCCAGUUGCCUUUAAUUGGGUUUAUUAACGCCAAUGUUUUAUUGAAUUGUUUACGUUAGGAAAUGGAAAAUUUUGGAGACUGGUCUGGCGGAAAACACGAGGUAAAAAGAUAUGCUAAGAUUGUUUUGACUUUUUUCUCAUAUAUUGAAUAGCUUUAUUAUCUUAUUCCAUGACAUCCGAUGUUUAAUUUUAGGAUAAGCGAUUGUCAGGAGGCUAUGAGAAUGUACCCACUGACGACAUACACAUGAACCAGGUGACGAGUCAAUUUUCUUAUUCACUUAAAAAAAAUCAAAUUUUUCUUUGCAAAUUCAGUAGGGCUCGAAAAAACUUCCGUCCGAUUGUCCCGCCGGGACAAUUAGAUUUUCUUGCUGGGCAAGUAACUUUUAAAGCUUGCUUGUCUAAUGACCGGCAUUGGGAGGGGGGGGGGGGGGGGGCGGGGUACUUGGGUUAAUUUUUGUUGCGUAUUUGCCGCUGGCCUCUCGGAGCCUCUACCCCAUUAUAGUCUACUCUGUAGCCAAUUAUAGAGCCUAUCUUAGUCACUUUUGGGCAAAUAUGUUAUUUUCGCGGUCCCAGCUGAAUCACUUCCUAUUUUUAUCUAUUGACCCAUUUUUUAAGUGGAAUGAAGAACACUUUUUUUUUCACCUACAGUACAAACAUUCUAAUACGUUUGCUAACCGUAAAUAUGAAGAACUGUCUUACCCCAAAACAUCCGAAAAUGUGCAACCCCAUUCGAGUAACUCUAUUGAAAAUGCGACCCCAUUAUAGUCAAUCCAGUCGUGAAAAUGCGACCCCAUCCAGCGACCCCAUCCCAUUAGCCUCUUAUAAGGGUCCAGGCAAUUCAUCAUCCUCUGACUAAAUCAUUUUCUAAGACCAGUAAGAAGUGGUCAUCACCUGGCGUGGGCAAGCAAAAUGAGAGAGAUGCUUUCCCAUAGGACUAGCUGGAAUUCAAGUUUUUUUCGAGCCCCGAUCAUGCAAUAGCCACUAUCACCCUCCCCGAUGAUACAGCUACCCGGUUAAUACACGGCCAAAAUUAUAUGCCACGUUAUAAACUAUGAUCUCGGAAUAUACCUCUUAACUGUUUUCUGGUUUGUACUUUGUACAUAGAUCAAUUUUGAGCGAGAGUGGCUUCACUUUCUCAAACAAUAUAUUGUACCUGUGAACGGCAGGAUUUUCCCUGGCUACCAUUCUGAGGUAAGAAUUAAUUACUUUCCAUGCUUGGUUAGAAUAGACUGAACAGCAAUCAGCCCCUUAUUAUUCUUCGAAUAUAGUGUGGUAUCAGGCCCACCACGUGAGGCGCGAGUACGCGAGACGCGCGAAGUAGCUGGCGGUUUUGUUGAGAAGCGCGCGCGUAACGAGCGGAGAAGCCUUGUCUCCCUUCCCCUCGCGGAUUAACCGUUCUUAAAGGGGGCCCCCACCCCACCCCAACGAUAUUUUAUUAUUAAUUUUGUAUUAAUAAUGAGGUCUAAAAAGCCCUUUGGGAGAGCCCAACUACUUAGUUGUAAAAAGCCAGUCCCCAGGAUCCUAAUAUAUAACUGCAGUUUUCUUUGUUUAUUUGCAGGGUCGUGCUAUCAUGAAUUUUGUUGUAAAAUACGAUCCCAACAGGCAGUAUUACUUAAGACCGCAUCAUGAUUCUUCAACGUACACUAUCAACAUGGCUCUGUCAAAACCAGGCAUCGAUUACGGAGUAAGUACAGUGAAGUUUUUAUGCAUUCUCCAUAAAACAUGAAAUUAGGCAAUUUGACGUCGUAGUCGCGCAGUGACGGCAAUGAAACAUGAAAAAAUGUACCAAAAAGUUUGCUGCACGUGCAAAGUUGUUGAUUCGUUAAUAGAGGACAUUAGAUUCUAAGACGAGUACGACUACGAGUACGAGAUUUUCUCAGUACCAAGUAGUGUACGCGCGCGAACCAGCGUCAUUUUGGCGGGAAAACGUGGUAGCCGUCGUAAGUCUACUGACGAGUUUUUGCGAGAAUGUCGUAGUGGCGGAAAUAAGUUAUCAAAUGUUAUAGCUUUUAUUAUUUUGCCUUCGGGAGAGGUCUUAAUCUUCUUCAAUAAGGAUAACAGCUAUAACUUUUCUGGUGCAAAAAAAGUGCAAUGAAGCUUUCCGGGUUGUCUAUUUUUUAGAAUAUGCGAAAAAACUUUAAUUCAAAUUUCGUCCUCGAAUUCUAAACCCAUUGGGUCUUUGACGCUCUGGUUGCCGCCACCGUGGCCGUCGUGACAUCUUAAACCCCAUGUUCAGCGACAGUUCCUUUCAGAAGUACAUCCCCUAUAACAAACCAUUUCCACAGCGGACCAGUUACUGAUGAAUAUUGGUCGGAUCACCCCUCCCAUAAGUCAACAUUAACACCUAGUUCUCACUUUGGUCAAUUACCCAGACACCUCAAUUCCAAUUUGUCUUCUCUGCAGGGUGGAGGCUGUAGAUUUAUACGUUACAACUGUCAAGUGACCGAGACACGGAUUGGUUGGUCUUUUAUGCAUCCUGGUCGGCUAACACAUUACCAUGAAGGAUUACCAGUAACCUGGGGAAAGCGAUACAUCAUGGUGUCCUUUAUAGACCCUUGA